AUGAGGGUGAAUGAAGCUGCCUUGGGUGGAGAGAGCUCCCCGUCACUGGAGAGUAGAAUCAAGAUCGUCCCCAUGUUCCACAACGCUCUUUUCAACCUGGACUUCUUUGCCAUGAUGUCCAAGUCCUACAGACCUCUUGGUUUCUCAAGCCCCAGGACCUUCUCACCGCUGUCCCUGGCAGCUGGAAUCUCCCAGGACUUCAAUGUCACCUGGUUGAAGAACAGCUGUGAACUUCCAGCCUCAGCUCAGCACCCGGUGACCGAUAAGAAAGGCAGUUACUCCAUCACCAGCAAGGCAUGGGUGACACUGGCCCAACAAGAUGUCUUGUCCAAGAUCGCCUGCAACGUCACCCACAGGACCCUGAAGCACCCCCUACAAGCAACCAUGAAUCUUUCCCAAGUGCUCCGAGUUAUCCCCACCCUGAAGAUCACCACCCAGGCCUCUGGGACGCAUGUCCGCGUGCAAGAGAGAGUGAACCUCACUUGCCACGCCAGCCACUUCUAUCCCGCCUCCCACCUGCAUCUCACCUGGAUGGAGAACGGACACACCAUCCAGACCGUGAAAUCCCCCCGGGUCACAGGAAACCCCGACGGGACAUACUCUCUGGAGCACACGCGGCAGGCGGAAGCCACGCUGGAGGGGAGUGCGUUUGCCUGCUGGAUCGUCCAGGAUGAGCAGCCCCCGGUCAAGGCCAACAUCACCCUGCGAGCUCAGCCGCCCAGGCACGGGCAAGGCAGGCGUGCCCACUCUUACAACUUGCAAGGCCCCCUGCAGCGAUCUGAGCCGGGCACAAGCAUUCGACUGACGUACACAACAUCCGGGUUCUCCACCCAUCACGUGACUGUGACGUGGCUUAAAAACAAACACAAGCUCCCCAACCCCCAGACCAGCGUCCACCAUAGUGGACACACCUACAACGUGACAAGUAGUGUGUUGGUCCCACUGAAGAAUGAGGAUAUAUUCUCCUACGUUGUGUGCCACGUCGAGCAGAAUUCGACUGUUUUUCCAGAAAACCAUCAGCCUGGACCAGUAUCUCCGUGUUCCCCCUACAGUGACAGUGUCCCAGUCUUCCACCUCCUCUGGCUUGGUGCUGGCUACCUGCCACGUGCAGAGAUUCUAUCCACAGAGUGUGCAACUCACCUGGCAGGAAGACUGCCAUAUGCUCAAAGGAACUGAGCAACCUGCAUCCAAGAAGAAUAAUGAUGGGUCCUACACCCUGGAAGGCUUGCUGCUGGUGAAUGCGUCGGUGCAGGGGUCUGAGCGGGUGCUCACCUGUAUGGUACAGCAUGAGACGCAGCCUCCCAUACGGGCCAACCUCAUACUCUCCACAGCAGCCCACACCAUAUACAAGUUCACUGGGAGCCCAGGUAGGUUCACUUCUUCUCCC